CUUUCAUUCCAAUUUCUGCUGUGCACAAGUUCCUUUCUCUCUUUCUUCGCCUUCUUUUUUUUUUUCACACAUAUCUUAAAGCUUAGAGAAAGGAUGUCUGGUAGAAAGUAUCACGAGCGACAGUUAUACCAACAAAAGCCUCAUUCAGAAACCGCUGUACCAUCUUCGCAUUUGAUUACGGCAAAUAACGGCUCUUCACAGCCUACGUAUCCCAUUACCAAUACAUGUCACCAAUAUGAAGACACUACUGAUCAUCAAGACUGUUAUUUAAAUAACUCUUCAUACAUUUUAGAUGAAAGAACUCUCUACAGUCAUCCUCACCAACCUUCUUCAGCGAUCACUAAGUCUUCUUCUACUUUCAACACAAAUUCAUUAGAGCCAAUGUUUCAUGAGAAGAUAGAUGAGAAAAACUUCAGUAACCCUACUAACAUCGAGAGUAGUCCGACACUCUAUGAUAUAGAAAGCCAACCUUACAAUUCGAAGUAUAUUGUUCAACAGCAACCCGCACCAACAAAAGGAAGCAAUAGAAAGCCGCCGUUUCCGAGACGUAACCGCUGUUUAAGGUGCUUAUGUUGUGCCUGCUGUUUUCCACCUUGGCUCGCUUACAGCAUCUGGACCAUUAUCAUCGCCAUUAUAAUCAUUAUUGUCAUCUUUAUUUGCUUACUGGCCACUUUCAAAAUACCGGACAUCAACUUAGCGGGUAUCAACACCACCAAUUUACCUGAGGGCAAAAAGUUAUUACAGUUCACUAGUACCGAUGUCAUUAUCAAUGCCGGAUUAGUGAUUAAUGUGAAAAAUCCCAAUGUGUUAGGUUUGAAGAUUUCCGAUAUCAGAGCAAAGGCAUACUGGCCGAUGGAAAACGGAAAUAAGUUCCAGAUAGGAAAAGGAUUCCUUAAAUAUCAAGACAUACCUAAAAACAGCGAUAUUAAUUUUACUUACCCUUUUGAGAUUGAUUAUGACCUGUUUGACAAAGAGGCAUCUUCUCUCCUCAAUGAGUUUUCGAGAAAAUGCGGCCUAACAGGCGAGGAACCUUCCAACAUAGACAUCACGUACGACCUAAAUUUAGCAGCUCAAGUAUUAUUUGUCAAGAUACAUCCUACGAUUUCUUCAGCGGCAUCCUUUGUAUGCCCACUACAGAAUUCACAGUUUAGCAGCUCUUCUGGUAAGAGUGCAGACAGUUCAACCUCUUCUGACGAUGAUGAGAUUAGUAGUAUUUUGAGUAGUUUUGUGCAAAAGAUACCUAAUCUUGACAUUGACAGUAGCAGUGCCACCUUCAAUAACUCCACAACGCAGAAAGGACUCGACAAUGAUUUAACAACUAUGACAACUAUCUUGACAUCGUUGAAUACUACUAGCAUCCAAUCGACGACUCCAAUAGCCUAGAAGAAAAUAAUGAGCCCUCUUCAUAAAUGACACUCUAUUUUUAUUUUUUUUUCAAGUUUAUAAGAUACCCCUUCUCCCUUUUUUUGAAAAAAAAAGAAAAUUAACAUUAUUGUAAAUUAUUUCUUUUCUUAUUAACAGCUAUUUUAAACUGCAAAUACUUAUUAUAAAGACGGAUCAUGUAGGAGUUAUUGGAGUUACUUCUACAUUUGUACCUUUGAGUUUAC